CAAAACAAAGAAGAAGAAGAAGUCGUCAACCGGAAAUGACAUACUUGAAGCUGGUACGAAAAAAAGACUACAACUACACGAGUUAUUCGCAGGAGACUCCAAGCAACUAACGGGAUGGUCAUGAAAUACGAUGGACAACUCUGCUGCAAACAAGAACCACAUACAUUGUCCAACAUGGUUGGACCAGAAUGGCUGGUCCACUACUUCAGCUCAAGGACUUCCCAUGAACCUUCACACUAACUCUCAGGCUCUCAGUCUGGGUUCCACCUCCGCCCAGAGAUCGUUGUUUGGCCACCUGGAGACAUCCAAUCAGAGCUGUCUGAACAAUCUGAGCAGCUUGGCCUCCAGAAACAACAACCUGUUAAAGGCUGCCAACAUGAACAGCAUUUUUUCUUCCAACUCAAUUUUUCCUAACCCCACCAUCACUACUGCAUCUCAUGGGAUGACCUUUGAGUCGCAAACUCUUUACACACCUGCAGGGUUGGAGACAACAAACCAAGCGAAAAUAAUCCCUCCACCGGCUCUUUCCCAGCAAAACCAGAGUCCGCUGCCUUGUGGGGUCCAGAAUUUACCUCUUCAGACAGCCAACUACAAAAUGUUUCAAUCUCAGUUGCCUGGUCCUGGGUUAUCACACGGUUUUCAAAAUCAAUCCUUUGGUUUUUCAUCAUGUGGGCUGAAUGUUAACAUGCCUCAAGCAACAUUUGGAGGACAAGAUAAUGGCAAUAGAUACACAAACAUCUGUAAUUCAGCCACUUCCACAGAGCAGCAUCAGUGGGUACCUUCAAGUGAAGCUGGUCAUGUCAACAAACCGCCGUUGCAGGAGAAUGGUUGUCCGCCUUCGACUGAAGGCAACAAAAGACGUUCCUCAAUUUUAAAUCAGCGUGCACAGCUGCUCAAACAGCUGGAAAACCUUGAUAAACUUCUGGAGUCAAUGCCUUCAGAUGACGAAGAGGAGCCUUCAAACAACGAUGUUCAGUCUCCACCUGCAGCAAAUUGUUCCUCACCAUCACUCUGUGAUAAACAAAGUUUCUCUGACACGGUGCCAGCAUCUCCAGUGUCACCAGCUGGAUCAGAGGAAAUGGAUCAAAGUUGCAGCUCGUCGGAAGGGGAUUCUGACGCUGGGUCUGAUUAUGUGCCUCAAAGUGAAGUCAGUUUUUCAAAUUCCCAGUCUGAGGACGAUGCCAACUCUGAGGAUUGUCUCAGUCCCAGACGUCAGGAGGAUGACCCAGUAAAAAGGGAGGAAAAUUCAGAAGAUUCUUUGUCUGAGGAAGAAAAUACCACUUCUUCAACAAAGACAUCUGAAGAUAAUGAGAAGAAGUAUGGAAAAGUGGAGAUAGAAACUUCCAAAGCAAAGAACGGACACUCUACCAUCAAGAGAAAUUACUGUCUGUUUUGUGGAAGACCGGUGACCAAAAUGUCGAAGCAUCUUACGAACGUCCACAGCGACAGGAUCGAGGUUGCCGUUGUAUUUCAGUAUCCUGCAAACUCAGUGGAAAGGAGAAAGAUAUGGCAAAAACUAACAAACGACGGAAACUUCAAACACAACAAAGAUGUUUUAAAGACAGGGGAGGGAAAACUUGUCGUACGAGGUAGACUUACAACUUCUCUCAAAGCGACAGACUUUGUUCACUGCAUUUAUUGUCAUGGUCUCUAUGCAAAAAGACGCAUCCACCUCCAUAUGAAAAGGUGCAGGGAAAAUGUUAAGACAGAAGACUACUCACAGGAGAUACCAAAGCGAGUCGUAUCACACUGCGCGCUUUUGACUAAAAAUUGUGAAGGUAUAAGUGGGGAGUUUAAGAACCUCAUUGGCGCGAUGGUGUAUGACAACGUGUCUGAAACUGUCAUGGAAAACCGGAUUAUUUUGCAGUAUGGAGAGCAAAUGUUUAAGAAAUAUACAAGUCAUCCAAAACAGCAUGAAUACGCAAGACAAAACCUUCGACAUGUUGCAAGACUUUUGCUCGAGGCUCAAAAGUCGACCCCUAUGAAGAGUUUUGAGGAUUUCUUUAAGCCCUCUAACUUUAAACAUGUGGUGUCUGCUGUGAAGGUGAUGGGGCAAUACGACCCUGAAAAAAAACGGUACAACAUACCGUCGCUUGCCCUCAAACUUGGUUACCAUCUUCAGAAAAUCUGCAACAUCGUACAGCACAAUGCCAAGAGCCUUGGUGACACCAAAGUGGUAGAGUCAUGCAAAAUAUUCCUCUCCAUGUACGACAAAAAAUGGACUAAGUAUGUGUCUUCAUUGGCAUUAUCAAAUAUUAAAGACAUGCAGAAGAAAAGAGCAAACAAAGUGCCGUCUGCUCAAGAUGUGAAACGUCUUUAUUACCACCUGGAAACUGCUCAUCACGCUGCAGAGAAGAAGCUUCGCGAGAACCUUUGUUCAGAAAACUUUGCGGCUCUGGCCAGGGCGGUUCUGGCUCGGACGAUUCUUUUCAACAGGAGACUUCCCGGAGAGGUGGCGUCGAUUUCGCUGGCGUCUUUCGAGUCACGGAUGCGAUCAGACGUCUGUGACGACAUGGAUGUGUCCGUCUCAAAGCUGGAAAGAAAACUGUGUGGUUUGUUCAGUAGAGUUACCAUCAGAGGGAACUGUGGGAGAGUCGUCCCCAUCAUCCUCAAGCCUUCUUUUGAGUCAUCUAUAGAGCUUUUGGUCAGCGUUCGGGAAAAAUGUGGGAUUCUGAGCAACAACCCGUACGUGUUUCCCCGGCAGCACUCACUGACUUCUCAGAAAGGGUCGUCUUGCAUUCAGUUUCAUGUCAAAGAAUGUGGAGCAGAAAACCCCUCUGUCCUGGUGGUGAUGAAAAUCCGCAGGCAUUUUGCACCGUUGCUUCAGCUCCUUAAUCUGGACGAUGAGGAGGUCAAGCAAGUUUUGGGCCCCAAUAGUGACAUCCAAAUUCUGCGGCAAAUCAACGACAUAAUGUGUGAUGACUCUGUCAUGGAGUCUGAAGGACCACUGCAGUUUUACCAGCAGCGCAGAGGAGCAACUGGCUGCAGUAUGCCUGAUGCAUUGAAAAACUCGAAGACUGAAGGAUUGCACAACCAGGCCAAACUUGCAUGGAACGAAGCAGAAGUUCAGGCCGUAGAAAAGCACUUGAUGAGUUUCAUCAAGAAGCACAAAAUACCUCAAAAAUCCGACUGCGUUCAGUGCCUCGAGGCCGAGCCGCGUGCGCUGAUGAAUCGUUCAUGGAAAGGUGUGAAGGACUACGUGAGAAACCGGAUCACAACUCUGCAAAGACAAACCGGAUCUUCCAAAGAACCAUCAAAGAGCAGAACCGCUAAAAAGAAGCAUAAGCCACGGCAGAGUUCUGUGACAUCACAGGCUCCAAAUGGAGAACAGGAAGCCAGAGAAAAGCCCAGUGCAGGUCCCAGUUCAGCAUCUAGUCACUCAAAGUCCCAGAAAGGAAAAGGCUCAAACUUGCUCCACAAACCAAAACCUAAAUGGGACAAAGCUGAGGUUUGUGCCGUAGAAAAACAUCUGAUGCGUUUUAUUGAAGAGCACAAGCUUCCCCAGAAGGACAACUGUACCCGGUGCCUGGAAGCCGAGCCAUGCGCGCUGAAGAACCGCUCCUGGAGAGGUAUAAAAGAUUACGUCAGGAACAGGAUCACAGCUCUGCAGAGACAGAGCGGAUCUUCCAAAGCGCCAUCAAAAACCAAGAGCCAGCCCAGGAAGGGGACAUCACAGAGCUCUGGGAACAACUUAACGGGGAGAUUACAACCUCCUAGUGGAGAAGAACUUGCACCAGAGCAUCGGAAUGCAUUCUCCAGUUGCAGCUUUGGUUCAUCAAAUCUCUUCCUACCACAAACGUACGCAGCAACAACAAGCUGCAGCAUGAAUGCUCCUGCUAAGACCGGCAGAACAAAAGAAAAAGUCUCUCCAGGUCUGCAAAAAAAAUCCAAACAUAUGUGGAAUGAAGCAGAGGUCCAAGCCGUAGAAAAACACCUGAUGAACUUCAUCACAAAGCAAAAGCUUCCUCAGAAAGACGACUGCGUUCGGUGCCUCGACGCCGAGCCUCACUCUCUGAGGAACCGCUCUUGGAAAGGCGUGAAGGACUACGUUAGGAACAGAAUCACUACUCUGCAGCGACAGAGCGGCUCUUUAGGGACUGCUUCAAAAACCAAAAGAUCCAGGCAGGACCAGCCUCUGCAGAGUUCUAGACGGUACCACCAGUUGUAGGUGUUCUUUGGUGUUCAAAAAGAUGUUUUGUAAAAAAAAUUGUUCCAUUCCCAUCAACUUACACAAGUACUUUUGUUGAUGUUUGUAUCUUGAUUAUCUAAUUCCCAUCAAUUUGUUUAUUAACUUACUCUGUUAGAUUGAGAAAAAAAAAUCUAACUGUUUCUGUUAAGGGUUUCAUUAGUCUCAGUUAUGUUGGUGUAAAUGUUGCAAGACUAGAGUUGGAGACCCCGUAGAUUAACUUUUAGAUUGCUGUAUUCUUUAAAAUCAUUUUGUGAAAAUAAUUUUUUUAUGUCCUUAAAAAGGAGAUAAAUUAUGCACUUUUGUUCUGUUUGCAUAAUUUCACUUUCAAAGAUGAAAGUUUUAUGCUUUUCAUACACAGGUUGUCGUGCAACAGUGGCUUGUUUUUUGUUUGAAUUCUACUUACAAAACCCAGAUUUAAUAAUAAUGCAAACGUUUCUAGACUAAAAAAAUCGCAUUUACUCCACAAUUGAACUGAAUGGUCUUGUUUUCAACCCAGGUACAAGUUUUGAAGAGGACAUUAACUUUUGUGCAACUUCAUUUUUUAUCAUAAACAAACAAAUCGGUUUUUGCCAUUGUA